AAAACGGUGGUCGUUGUCCGUUUGAUUCCACACGCGUCGCCACACCCGGAUUCCAAAUACAAAUUCCAUUCUGAUUUCCUACAAAACAUUUCGAUUCCGUCCAAUAAUAAUCUCACUCCCCCUUUUCUCACAUUCUCACAAUCCUCUGUGUGUUGUUUUUUUUGUCACAUUCGAGAAUCCUAUGAAGGAAUUCGGUCGAUCGGAGCUUUUCUUUUCAGUAGAGUGAGUUCAUCGCGUGUUUCCUUCUGAUCGUACUGAUGAAUCAGGUUGAAGAAGAAUCUUUAUAUCAUUCUUUAGAGGAAGAAGCAAUCGAUGUUGAUUGUCUACUUGUGGAACCUCGUUCUGACCAAGUUUCAGUAAGUAGUGUUUGGUGUUUUGAAGAAGAUAACAUUGGGAAAUGCAUAAAAACUGAAGAUGCUUCUUACAAUUUAGGUGGCUCGGAUUCAAAUAUAAACAUGGAAUGUGUAGAUACAACAAAGCUUAAUGCACUUGAUGUUUUACCACAUGAAGUUGGAGUAGAAAAUCUCCUAACAUCAAACGGAAUCUCUCCUUGUGAUGAUUAUCUCAUAGAUAUCGGAUACGUUGACCAUGGUGCUUGUAUAGACUAUGUUUCCAAUGAACCUUUGCAUGUAGGAAACUCUAGCUCGGAAUCGCCGUUUCCAAUGUUCCGCAACAAGGGCAAUUUCGGAAUACAAAAUUCAUUGACGGAUUCCAUUCCGGAGUCCGAAUGCCAGAAUUACUUCCUUGGCAACAUUUUUGGAACCGAGUCAAAAACCGUAGAUAAAUUUGAAGAUUUUUCAAAAUCAUUCAUAGACGAGGAAGAUGACGAAGGGAAUCUCCCACUCCAGUUUGCACAAACCGGAAUGGAAUUGACCCCUUUUCGUCAAGAUCUGAUUACCAACUCUGCUCAAGAACAUGGUGUUGGUGGAAUCACACACAAAAGAUCAAGAAAGCCCACAAAAAGAUACAUUGAUGAGUCAUCAAAUUUGACUCUAAAGAAUUGUAAGAAGAGAAAAGAGCCUUCUUCAAUGUCUAAAGUCAAAAUGUCAACGGUUCGACGUGUCAAAAGUCAAAAUGAGGUCAAACCUAAAGAAAACAUCCAAUCUUCUGAAAUCUCUUUUGGUAAAGCCAUUCAAGUACCUUUUAUCUCUCAAUGCCCAACAGAAUGUGAAAAAAUCAGUCUACCAACUACGACGGAAAACCAGAUUGAGAGUUUUUCAAGUGGGUCUGGAGAUGAUUCUGAGACUCAGAUGAUGAGAUCAAUGACAGGUGGCAAUCAGAGAAAGCUUCAUAGACUGUGGACUGUUACAGAAGUAAAGAAAUUGAUUGAUGGUGUUGCUCAUUUUGGGGUAGGAAAAUGGACACAUAUCAAGAAACUGCUCUUUUCAUCAUCUGUUCAUAGAACGCCUGUAGAUCUAAAGGACAAAUGGCGAAAUCUUUUGAAAGCAAGUCGUGCACUAAAGGGAAGCAGGGUAGAGGAUGAGCAAAAAAGGAGUCAGCCAUGGCGUCCAUUGCCAAAAUCGAUUUUAUGUCGUGUGAGAGAAUUGGCAUCUACUUAUCCAUACCCACGAGAAGCUAAUAAUAAUUCAAAGAUUUCAAAAUCCAAAUUUCCAAUUGUGCCCCACGUGUCAUUUUCUGAGGGAAUAAAAGGUAAUAAGGUCCCUGUUGUUUGAAAAACGUUUGUGUAUAGAAAAAAAAAUAUGUACUUGAAGGAAAGUUGACAUUGAUUAGAAGCUCCAUUUGGAUACUGUAGCUUUUAAUGGAAGGAAAUAUAUAUAUGUAGCCUAUGAUUCUGAUUAA